AUGGAUGGUCGUAGCAUGACUGAAGCCUUGUCUCGUCAACGUCAGCAAAUGAGGCUCGAUCGUAAAAAGGAGUUACUCAGAUGGUUCCACCAGCAGUUGGAUACUAUUGAUAUCUAUGCUGAGAGAUACAGCGAUAGCAUGUCAGCGUAUAUCAAGACUCGUCAGGAUGUACACGUGCAAGACAUGGAUGAAGCAAGAGAGCAAGUUAUCUUGGGCGUUCACGAGUUAAAGCUUAAAGAAAGAAGUCAUCCACAGGAACUGAAUGAGUUGGUGACUCAAGCCGUGGCUUUGUUUGAGGAGUUGAUAGGUGUAAACCUUAGUCUUGAGGAACGAGCGGCGAAAUACAAACGUGACAAUAACACCUUACAGGCAAGAUUAAUGGGUCUCAUCUGGCGAAGACACCCAAAGACAGACUUCACACAAGUCGAGCACUUAAGAUUUGGGCUGUGGCCAGGUCAACGUAGAAUGGGACGGGAAUAG